GUUCAUUUGAGUUUAUUCGUAUAAGAAGAAGGUUCUUGAUAUCUGUCAGUUGAUCAUGUCUGGUCGUGGUAAAGGUGGAAAAGCUAAGGCUAAGGCCAAAUCUAGGUCAUCCCGUGCCGGAUUACAGUUCCCCGUUGGUAGAAUCCACAGAAUGCUCAGAAAGGGAAACUACGCUGAAAGAGUUGGUGCUGGUGCUCCAGUUUACUUGGCUGCCGUUAUGGAGUAUUUGGCUGCUGAAGUUCUUGAAUUGGCAGGAAACGCUGCUAGAGAUAACAAGAAAUCUCGUAUCAUUCCCCGUCAUUUGCAAUUGGCCAUCAGGAACGACGAAGAAUUGAACAAAUUAUUGGCUGGUGUAACAAUCGCUCAAGGUGGUGUGUUGCCCAAUAUCCAAGCUGUUCUUUUGCCCAAGAAGAGCGCAACUGCCUCAUCCUAA